AUUUGAGAGGCAGUUUCACUAUGGCAGACGUAGAACCAGUAGUGGACAAUGAACCAGACUACAAGAGACUUCAUGCAUACUCCCUCGUCAGAAAUACAGACAUGGAUGAUGAGAUGUUAUCAGAAGCUGUUGACACAGCAGUAACUGCCUGUGAUAAAUUUCCAGAAAAUUUAGAAGCUGCUGCUCAGAUGUUGAAGCAAGCAAUGGAUACGAAGUUUGGACCUUCUUGGCAUGCAGUAAUUGGAGAAGGGUUCGGAUUCGAAAUAACAUAUGAAGUAAAGAAUCUACUCUACAUGUUCCACAAUGGUGCCUUCUCUAUUUGUCUGUGGAAAUGUGCCUAAAUAAUGAAUUUACAAAUUCAUAGAUACUUUUAGUUUGCUUAUACAAAUUGAUAAUGGAAAUCCCAUAUCAAAACUUGCAAACAGUGCAAUUCAACUACAAUACAGUCAAACAUGUAUCUUUCUUGAUAAUGAUUGUAUAAAUGUCUUCCAAGUUAUUCAAACAUAAUGAGUACAGCAUUAACGAAAUUGUAUGUUAAAAUUUUAGAUAAAA